AUGGCUGGAUCCAUCACCCUUCGACUAUUCCUCCUUGGAGCUUUCGCUUCUCAAGCGAUGGCUUCUUGUGCCUAUGGCACUCUUCUGCAUCCUCGUGCAGAGGGAAAGGUUGAGGUUAAUACUUUUGGUUACACUGGCAAGACUGGCCCUACCAGCUGGCUCUUCCUAGACCCCGAGGCCAACGCUAUGUGCGCUACUGGCACCAACCAGUCCCCCAUCGACAUGGUCGCAGGUGAAAAUGCUAUGGUUCCCGCCUCCCAGUUGAACCUCGAAAUCCCCGAUAUGACAGAAGGAACCGAAUUCGAGAAUCUUGGCACUACUGUUGAGGUUGUUGCUGGCCAGGGAAGCAUGCGCUUCGGCAACACUAGCUACACUCUUCAGCAGUUCCACUUCCAUCUGCCUAGUGAGCAUCUCGAUGCUGGAAAGAGUAUGGCUAUGGAGAUGCACAUGGUCUGGGAGAGCGCCGAUUCCCAGAUUGCCGUCGUCGGUGUUUUCAUCGACGUCGAGGACGGUGCUGGUGGCAGCCCUGCUGGAAACUCUACUUCUUCUCAGCCUCCUGCUUCAACACCUCAAGCUCGCAAGAGGGAUAGCUUCAAGAUGCGUCGCAGCGUACCCCACAAUCAUGAUCAUGAUAAGCGACAGCUUCCCGGUGUUGGAGGAUCUUUCUUCCAUGUCAACGCCCCUACCACUGCUGCUACCACUCCCUCCAACCUUUUGGAGACCGUCUUUGGCUCCGUUGGUGAGAUUUCCGAGCCUGGAACUCUUACCAAGACCAAGUCUCUCAACAUGGCUGAGCUUGUCAGCACCCUCGCAGCCGGCUCUUUCCAGACAUACGAGGGUUCUUUGACUACACCCCCCUGCAGUGAGGGUGUCAGAUGGUUGGUCUCAGACCAGAAGCUCUCCAUCAAGACCUCCACUUUCCACAGUGUCCAGUCUGUCAUUGGCUUCAACUCUCGAUUUCCUCAGGGUGCUCUUGGUGAGCCCAAUACUCUGGAUGCCCUGGCCAAGAUGGUCCGUUAA